GGGGGUGGGGGUUGUACUAAGUUGAGUUCUGUGUAUAGGAGACUGAGGCUGUGCCCAGACAAGAGAGCAGGAGCAGGGAUACCCUGUUUAGUAUCCCCUGCUUGGAUUUCCAGGCAGAAGUUCAAGAAAUGCUGUUUCGUGCAUGGUGGGAAGGAACCACUGAGGGAUGGUUUUGGCACGUAAGCUGCUACAGAGUUUAAGAAUGUGUGAGUUGUGGUGAGCUUGUACCUUGUUUUGGAGGGCAGGUCAAUUCUUAAGAGAUAUAGCCAUUACUUUGAUAUAAAUCUCCCUAAAAUUGCUUGAAAGAUCUUCAAAGAGUUGCUUAAUGAGCGUGAUGGGAUCCCUGCCCUGAGCAAGGCCUUGGUCUAAAUUUCUGGAAGAUUAAAACUCUUUAUGUUGGCAAAGUAGGAACUGCAGCCAUGCUGGUCAUCCCUGGAGCUGCCAGGAUCCCUUCCUUCUUCCACACAGGAGGGACUUUGAGUGCCUUAGAGCCAUGGAGUUAAAGUGACUUUGUCUAAAUCAGAUCCUGAAUGAGAGGAGUUAUUGGUGAGAGUCCAGAGAAAGUACAGCUAUUUCCUCAAGAAGCUGUGGCUGAAAUUCUAAACCCAAAGCACUAGAGCACAUAAAACUAAGUAAAGAUCAAGGAUACAUCUUUUUUAUUAUUAUAAUGAUUAUUAUUGUUACUACUACUUUUAUUAUUUUGUGUUCCAUAUUGCAGUAAUGAGAAUGUUUUUUGCAGGCAGCCUUUCCCUUUCCUUUGUGGGGAACUCAGCUCUGUCCCUGGGUGGCAGAGGAAUUUGGAGUAUGGACUAAACCCUCAGGCUGCACGAGGGAAUCAUAUUGGCUAGGCUCUAUUUUAUUUUUUUAAAUGAAGUAUCAAGCUAGUGGGAUUCUUAACAAGAACCAAGUCAUGUUUUCACAGGUGCUGUGUGCAGAUAAUUCCUGUGCAGGAAGCUUUGUGUGUCAGUAUUAUAAAACCCAGUAAGGCUGUAAUUGAAACUAAAGCAAUCUAGGUUUUGUUUAGCCAGGCUGUGGUGUUUGUUGUGCCUUAACUGCCAAGGCAAUUGCCUGUGAGGGUGAAGUGUAGCUGUCUUUACAAUGGUAAAAAUGUUGGACCCAGGUGCCCUUGGGUGUUUUUAACUCUCCUGCCCAUCUGCAGGAGCUGUGGUAUGAUGCUGUUUGUUCCUGUUCAGCAAAUAUUUUGUUAGCCAACGGGCAAUGAAAUGGUCACUUAAUGCCACACCCACCCCUGAUCUGCCAUAGUUUCAUAACUGUAAUUUCUUCUCUGCCAGAGAUCCUGGAACUGAAAAGUGACGUCCUGACACCUGGGAACAUCACAGACCUGGAAUGACGAGGGAGAAACUGCUUUGGUUGGCCAUCCCUGAUCUUGCAUGUCCAUUAAAAGGUGCCAGCACUUGCAGUCUGGUUGGUCAGGGCUGGAAGGCGGGGCCUGGAUCUGCUCUGUACCUUUGAGGGAGAUCUGGACCUCUCCUGCCUGACCCCAAGGAGCCAUGGAGGACAAACGCAACAUCCCCAUCAUUGAGUGGGAGCACCUGGACAAAAGGAAAUUCUACGUGUUUGGCAUUUGCAUGACUAUGAUGAUCCGGGUGAGCGUUUACCCCUUCACGCUCAUCCGGACACGGCUGCAGGUUCAGAAGGGCAAGAGCCUUUACAACGGGACUUUUGAUGCCUUUGUGAAAAUCCUGCGGACAGAAGGGACAGCUGGGCUCUACCGGGGCUUUCUGGUCAACACCUUCACGCUGAUCUCGGGACAGUGCUACGUGACGACAUACGAGCUCACUCGGAAGUACGUGUCACGCUACAACAACAACAACGCUGUCAAAUCUCUGGUGGCCGGCGGCUCAGCCUCCCUGGUGGCCCAGAGCAUCACGGUGCCCAUCGAUGUCAUCUCCCAGCACCUCAUGAUGCAGAGGAAGGGGGAAAGCAUGGGCAGGUUCAAGGUGCAGAGCCAGGAUGGCAAACGUCUGCUGGUCUUUGGCCAAACCAAGGACAUCAUUGUACAGAUUUUCAAGGCUGACGGUUUUAGAGGCUUCUACAGGGGUUAUGUGGCCUCGCUGCUCACUUAUAUUCCCAACAGUGCGGUCUGGUGGCCCUUCUACCACUUCUAUGCUGAACAGCUUUCGAGUUUGACUCCUAAAGACUGUCCCCACCUCCUUCUGCAAGCGAUAUCAGGGCCACUUGCAGCUGCAACAGCUUCCACACUCACCAACCCCAUGGAUGUGGUGAGGGCUCGGGUCCAGGUGGAAGGCAAGAGCUCCAUCAUUCUCACCUUCAAACAGCUCAUUGCAGAGGAAGGUCCCUGGGGGCUGACUAAAGGCCUCUCUGCCCGCAUCAUUUCGGCCACCCCUUCCACCAUCGUCAUCGUGGUGGGGUAUGAAACGCUGAAGAAGCUGAGCCUGCGCCCAGAGCUGGUGGACUCGAGGCACUGGUAGAGGCAGCUGGUGGAGGAGAAUCUUCCUGUGAGCCCUCUGAGUGUGGACUGAUGCAGGGGAGAGCCUGGGAUGCAACGCAGCUGCUGUGCCUUUGUCUCUGGCUGGUUUCACAGCACAAGGCAGAUACAAAAGCAACUGCACUUCACCUCUUUAGAUUUGAGUUUCUUGCAAUGGUCUGCUGCUGGUUUUGCUUAAACUGUGACCUUUGACAGUGCUGUUUGCCUGGGACAGUCCAUUCCAGGUGUGUGAAUGCAUCCUGGCAAGUUAUUAAUUCCUUUUUUUUUUUUAAUUAAAGACUUACUGGCUUAAGCAAAAAGCCAGUUUAUUCUCUUUAAAUUAUUUUCAUCUUUGCCAAACUUCCAAGGAGAGGAGUCUCACAACUUGCAGCAGGACCCUCUGAUGUCUCUAGUGGCACUUGUUCUGUGGGAAUCUGGAAGCAGAAAAUAGACAAGUGACUUUCUCCAAUUACCUGCAUUUAUUUCUUGAAGAUGUGAGACAAGAGUAACCUGGAACCACUUCAGACCUGAUUUCCUGCGUUUUGAAUAGAUCUACAUACUUGUUUUGUAAUAUUCUUGGAAAAUGUUCCCUAUCUCUCAUCCUCCAAACAGCAAGCUGGCUGAUAGCAAGUCAGGAGCUGAGCUGGCUGUUUGGAAUUAGCUGAUGUCGGUUUUGACACCUAACUUGUGUUUUUAAUCUGUUGUAAUUUAAUUUUUUUUAUUUUAGGGAAGCUUAUUCUGAUUUCUGGGAAACUGAUUGGUUGUCCUGUGGCCUUGUUCAGUGUGUCAAUCCUGCAUGUUCCAAGUGGCUGCGGCCACUUCCCACCUUAGUUAGUUUAAGCCCAGAAAUGCAGUUUGGAAGUGUCCAAUUGUGGUGCUGCCAGCAGCUGGAUGAGAGCUGGAUGGGGUUUGAGCUACAAUUAGAUGGGAGGUGGGGAAGGAAAAACCUUGUGCUGGCUUUUGAUCCAGUUCAAACCUGACGGGCAUGUUCAUAUUGAAUAAGAAAUGGUGGUUCACUUCAUGAGUUUAAAUUCUGCUCAUCCAGUUUGGGAAGGGCAAGGAUGUUUUGCACAAUUGCUGGAUCAGAAGCCUGAGCUAUGGUCUGUGUAUUUUACCAGGUGAAAACUUCAGGGGGAUGAAACCAGAGGCUGCUUUUUGGGGAGGGAAGGGAUUGUUUGAUUGUACUCUGCUGCUCUUGGUGGUUGAGAUUUGCUUUUCAUGCUGCCAGCCCACACGUGGUGCUCGUCCCGGUUAGCCAUGUCUGUUCAGGAUGCACCUCCAGACAACAGAGUGCACCACCUCCAUUCCUCUUCUGCCAUAACCAGGAAUUUUGGUUGAGGUGUUGAUCCUGCUGACCUGUGGCUGUUGCUGGGCUCCACUUGGUUGUCUAUUCCUGAGGGGAUUCACCAAGUGUGGCUCUGCCCUUCAUCCCAGUGUUGUCCCUGCCCAGCAGGCACUGGACAUGCCACCAUGUCUGCUGGAGAUGGAGAGUGCUGAAGCUGCUGCUGAGGUGAGGGAGAGGCUUCUCUGCUAAGGGCAAAGUUUAAUUCUAAGGUGCAGUGCUGUGAUGGGGCUGUGGGUGAGUCAUCAAAGCCCUCUUCAUCCCAUUUUUGUUUCUUGCAGUGCUCAGGCAGUGAAUGCUGGAACCACUGGUGGAGCUGUUGGAGCAGCAACUUCUGCACCUGCUCUGGUCACCUGAUUGUUGUUUAUAAGUUGACACCAGUUGGCUCUUGCUCUUAUAACAGAUUCUGCUCUGAAAAGCAGAACAACAGCACCCCAAAUCGCAAGGCAGCAAUAAUGCUAAUAUUAACAGGAACAGCAACACUCAACCUCUGCCAAGUGCAGGGCCGGGUCCCAGUGUGUGGCAUGGAGAGGUGGCAGCACCAGUGUGGGGAGACACUGUCAAACUUAAUGUUCCUCUCAUAACCAGCAACGUUCUUGACAACUAAUAAACUUGAGAGACCUUC